CAGUGUGAGCAAAGAGCCGGCGACAACCAGAGUUGUACAGAGGAACGGGAGACUGGUUCGGGUUACAGGGACUGGCCUGGCGACUGGCCUGCAGCACAUAGUGGGAUCGCUCUGAAGUAGCAAAUGGGACAAACGGAGCGGAACACAAAGGAGUAAGACAGAGGAAGACUCGGACACGGAAUGUUUCGGUUUUGAAGGUUUAUGUAAUUACUCAUGAGUGCAGCCAAAUAGGUGACGAACGGCAGAGUUUACUCAGUAUAAACAGCCUCCUGCAAAGUUACAGAUCGGCAGGAUUCUUUCUGUGCAACUCUACACCUGAUGAGCUUGGGGAUUGUUGGGUGCUUAGAGCCACACUCACAUGUCUGAAAUGGAACAGGAAAAGAAGUGGGGAGUCGCUGGUAAACCAGGUGAAAAGAGGCGCAUUGGCUUGAAGCAGCCGCUGUGGAGAGAUUUGUGUUGCGUGGCAUUUUGCAUCGCGGUGUCCGUGCUGUCUGUUGGAGUUUGGAUCGUAGUUUUUGUGCGGACGUCGGAGCUGCAGUCCAGGAUAGUAAGUCUGGAACAGCAGCGGCUUUCUGCGUGGAUGCUGUCCGUGGAACAGGUGGAGCCUGUCAUCCUGGGUCGUCUCGACCAGAUCCUGGAAGAAAAGCUUGCAGCGCGACUACCAAAGACGCGGGAUGCAAGAGAAGUUUCCCACAGCUGCCUGUGUCCCCCAGUGGACAUCCAGAAUAUGACGCUAUAACAUGUGCUUUGAUUAGUUAUAAAGAGAAGCUUUUGUUAUUCAGCUUCGUGGAUGUAAUGCUGAUAACUAGCUGUAAGGAAAAUGAGGAGCUGCAGAGUUUCCGAGCUGGGAUACAACCUGGACAGGUCACCAGUGUAUUGAAGGGAACCUGCAAGCAUCACCUUUAAAUUACAUAAUUAAAUUACAUAAAGACAAUUAUUUGUACAAAGGUUUAAAUAACUGCCCACUGUCAAGGGUACAAGGGGAGUACUUUAGAGAGUGAUUAUCCCUGGUGUGCCUGAAAGUACAUUAAGCUACUUUAUUUCCUGAGAAUGUGGAUCUGAACUAUCACCUUGUUUUAAGUAAACAGUGAGAUCUGGUCUGUUUUACUGUGGUACAACUUGUUGUCCAUCUGGAACUUUGAUCUUGUGCUCUUCAGCCUAAAGCAUCUAAAAACAGGGUUGGAGGUGAAGUGUAUUUGGAGUUCAGCUGGCAGCCAGGAACUUUCUAUGUUACAUCAUGCAAACCUAUGUGGCAUCACUGAAGCACUUUUACAUUCACAUGGAAAUGGUUGUGGUAAAAAUCCCAUACCUAAAACAGUUGAGUUAUAAGUUGGACAGGGGGUCUUUCUGCACACAUAAUUAAGAUUCCUGUAAUUGUGUGCUUUCACAUAAGCGAGCAGUUCAAGAUGGUUUUCAGAUUUGGUGAUGUGAUGGUUAAACACAAGUGAAUAUGCAGCAAAUAAAUCCUGUUGAAUACAGCAGCCCUGCAGUGAUUCUGGUUCUGAGAGAAGGAGUCAGGUUAUUUGUUAGUCAGAGCAGACACACCAGCUGCUGUGUGCUUUGUUGUUUCUCACAUGCAACUGUUUAGUAGGAAAACAGACUAAUUCAGCCACAACUGUACAUCUCUGGGUGUAUAUACAGUAUAUGUAAAAGUAGUACAUGCAUUAUAACCAGACAAGUGUGAAGAAAAAGAGCACCUUCAGGUUCAGGUUAUUCUGAAAUUGCCCCAUUUAUGUAAUUAUUCCAGCAGUUUUUAAAAGUAAUUUGUUUAAUUAUGUGUUUUUUAGCACGAUUAUCUCUAAAAAUGGCUGCACUUUCCUUACAGUUCUUGCAUUAGUAUUGUUCCAUCCCUUGAAGGAAAGCUAAACACAUCUCAAUUGUUUGACUUAAAGUCCAGUGUGGUGGUCUGGAGAAGCAUCACUACAAAAACAUA